ACAGUUUCCGUUGUCUGAGUUCGAGGGCGUUUUUCCUAGCUCAGGACCAGAGAUUUUUUGGGUGGUGGCUGUUUGUUUAACAACUUCAGAAUUUCUCUGAUCAAGUUGGUCUAAGGGCACUAGGUUUGGGGAAUUUUCAGCUGAUAAUUGUCUUGUGGCUGGAUCACUUUAUAAUAACAGCGAUCCUUGUUUUUCUCGUUGGGAAAACAAGUUAAAUCAACAAAGGGUGGUUUUACUACUUAGCUCUAAGAGGCUACAUUAGCUGGCUUGCUAGCUAGUUAGCUAACUCCGCGUCAAAAGAACGCAGCGCACAGAUGCAGGCCAUAAAGUGUGUGGUCGUGGGAGACGGUGCGGUGGGUAAAACAUGUCUUCUGAUCAGCUACACCACCAACGCCUUCCCUGGGGAGUACAUCCCCACAGUGUUCGACAACUACUCGGCCAAUGUAAUGGUUGAUGGAAAGCCGGUGAAUUUGGGCCUUUGGGAUACAGCUGGACAGGAGGACUAUGAUAGGCUCCGUCCCCUCUCCUAUCCUCAAACGGAUGUGUUCUUGAUUUGCUUCUCGCUUGUGAGUCCUGCCUCCUUUGAAAACGUCCGUGCUAAGUGGUACCCAGAGGUCAGACAUCAUUGCCCGAACACUCCGAUCAUCCUGGUGGGGACCAAGCUCGAUCUGAGGGACGACAAGGACACUAUCGAGAAGCUGAAGGAGAAGAAGCUCACUCCCAUCACUUACCCACAAGGCCUUGCUAUGGCCAAAGAAAUUGGUGCAGUGAAGUACCUCGAGUGCUCAGCCUUGACACAGCGUGGCCUUAAGACGGUGUUCGACGAAGCCAUCCGGGCAGUACUGUGCCCGCCGCCCGUCAAGAAGAGGAAGAGGAAGUGCUCGCUACUCUAAAUCCCGACAUGCACAGAAACGAACCGGCUGCAAUCUGAGCUCACCUGGGAUGGCGCGAGGGGAGGGGGGAGGGAGGAGGAGAAGGUGGUGAAGAGGAGAGGAGUUCGUGCAAAGUUGUCUCGGGAAGACGAGAGACGACGCACCAUAUGCAUACUGAUAUGUCAUUCUCUCUCGUAUUGUAAUUAGUACUACUUAUAUCCAAUCGACUUCUAUUCCUAAGACCCUAGAAUUAAUGGUGGGCUCUUGGAGAAGGCCGGGGAGGGACGCUUCCAGCCACAUAUUUCCCGUACACUAAGAAAUUCCUGCUGCCUUCUAACAAUGUUCUUUCUUUUGUUUUUAAUUUCAAAAGGUAACAUAAAUACUCCUUUUUUUAUUCUCUCCCCCUGAGAGCCCAUAUAUUUUGUUUACAGUCUGCAACUGAGUAGUAAUGGAGGUUUGCCAAAAUUCAAUCUGCAGAUGAUCGAUUUCACUUGAAAUCUGCAUACACUAAGUCCUUUAAUUGUUUUUUUAAGGGUUUACACCUAUAUAAUAUGAAUUAUUUGCUAUCUCAAAAAGAACGGUUUCAAACGAGAAGAGAUAAUUAAGUGUAGUAAUUCAUUACUUUUAAAAGUUGUAGCUGAAAAAAAUGUGCUAGACUGACGAUCAUUUUAGACAGUUCACCUUGAAACGCUAUAUAUUGUGAAUCAAAUGAUCUUAGAUUAUAUAUACUGUGUAGUUGUCACUGCUAUAUCAGCCAUGUCAGCAAAAUUGUUGCGAAUAUUGCUCAGCCAUCCCUGUGCUUCAGCUACCCUGCCUCUAGACUUUUAGUGUAGCUUACCUAUAAUGCGCAUAUGGAGGGCAUACAGUAUUUCAUACAGAACCUGUUACAGCGGUCAUCUUGAUUACAGAUCUGCGGAUGUAAUAGGUUAUGCAAUGAUCAGGCAAGUAUCCAUUUUUAGUUCUACGGGCCCUUUUGGCAGAUUGGGCAAAAUGGAGGAUUCUGCGUGUCAUGGUGUGGUGUAUGUUUUAGUACUGAUCAAUAGAGAUUCCUUGUGUUCUCUGUGGAAAGGUAUCUAAAUUUUGUCCCAGGACCUGUACCUGUGUCCUCAAUAGUUCCAGCCCAACCCCCACCACCAGUAAAUGUGUAAUUAUGCAGCUCCAAGUAUGUUUUAUAAUGCUGUGUACUACAGGUAUCAUGAUGUAAAUUUGGUCCAUUUUCCUUUAACAAAGCUAUUACUGUAUUUCUGUUGAAGCUACGAACAAUGUAUUAACCAAUACCUCUGACAUAGAAAUUGUAACUGACCAUGUUGUCUUUGUUCCCUUUAAAAAUAUAGCUUUAAAUGGUCCCAUAUACAUUAGUCAAUAAAAUACCCUAACCACUACUGUAUCUGUAAAAAGAACAAAUCUGGUGGGCCUUUGAGGUUGGUUUGUGCUGGAUUUUCUUUUUGCCAGGCAGCCAGUGGCUUGAAAUAAGAUGUUGCUGAAUGCAAUGAAUUUCAGUUUCAGAUGGACCUGCCACUCUUGAACUUGAAAUGGUAUAGGCCACCACAUGUUUUCAGUCAUAUAUUUGGGUUUAAUUUUGAGUACAUCAUUACACAUUUGUCUUGUUUUAUUUUUCAAAUACAAAUAAAUGCAUCUAAAGUC